AUGGAGUACAGUUCUGAGCUAGCAAAUGUGGAUGAAGAUGGAUAUACUCAACUACAGUUCAGCUCUCGGGGCAUCACCAGGAGACCUGUGUCCUCAGAGAAAGGAUCUUUUGCUGCAUCUCUUCCUUGGCGUUCCAUUGCUAUAGGUUUGGGAAUCCUAUGCUUGGUAACACUGGUGAUAGCUGUGGUCCUGGGUACAAUGGGUCUUUGGAGAUCCAAUUCAGGAAGCAACCCAUUGAAGAAUGACAAUGUUCCAUCAAGAAAUAAAGAGAAUCACAGUCAACCCACACAAUCAUCUUUACAAGAGAGUGUGACUUCUCCCAAGACUCUCACAACCACAGGAGUGUUUUCCAGCUCUUGUCCCCCUAACUGGAUUACACAUGAGAAUAGCUGUUAUCUAUUUGUCACAAAAGUGGAUUCUUGGAAUAGAAGUAAAACACAAUGCUCUCAACUGGGCUCUAAUCUCCUGAAAAUAGAUAGUUCAAAAGAAUUGGAAUUUAUACAAAAGCAAAUGUCUUCCCAACCUGAUAAUUCAUUUUGGAUAGGGCUCUCCCGCCUUCAGACUGCAGGACCAUGGCUCUGGGAGGAUGGCUCUGAGUUCUCUUCUAACUUGUUUCAAAUCAGAAGCACAGUUACCCAGGAAACCUCAUCUCACAAUUGUGUAUGGAUCCACAUGUCAGUAAUUUAUGACCAGCUUUGCAGUGUGCCCGCAUACAGUAUAUGUGAGAAGAAGCUGUUGGUAUAAUGAUGGGGGUG